CGACCCCUCAUUUACGUCCCUAUCUCAAGAAUUAAUGAACUGAAGAACGUACCACUGAGGGUUUCAUUCUCCGCUUGCUCCGGUUUCUUACAGGUUACGAAACAAUAAUCUUCCUCUUAACCUUCUCUUCCACAUUUUCGUUUCCGAUCAACGAGUACCGACCGGAAGAAAACCAGAAAAAGUGCAGGAAAUCGCAAGUAAAUUCACAUUUGGAUUUUGCAAGUGAUUUGUACUGAAAAGAGGUCUCCAGAUGCAAUCGCAGGAGAAACCUCCGACAGAGCCUACAGAAAUGCAGCCGCAAAAUAGUAGAAUUUUGCCGCUCUCAGGCAAACCCUACCAUGGCGUUAUUCUUUCUAAGUCGCAUGUCGCUCCCAUAUGUAAUAUGUUCAUGCCAGCCAAAUUUCAUUCUGUUUUACCUGCUAUUAUGAUCCCUGCGGUUCUUUACUGUGAGGGAAAGAAAUGGAAGAUCGAUUAUUAUGGGAAUCGACGCGGUAAAGCCCUUGACACGAAACAGUGGAGGAAAUUUGUUAAUGAUAAUCAUCUCAAGUGUGGAGAUGCUUGUGUAUUUGAGCUAAUAGAAUGCAGCAGCAGCGUAAUCAAGUUCAGAGUUCAAAUUCUCAGAGGCGACAUCCCUUUUGAGCUGCACGAAAAGUUCAGCGGGGAAUCUAGAAACACUCCUAUACUCAUUGACUAGCUAGCCCCUUCUGUGGUCUCUUAGUGUUCAGUAGUUCGAACUUGUCGACAGCAUAUAUGGUUUGGAAUCGGACGACCUGUUUGAUAACCGUAAGUGGAUAUGUAUGUUUAUCACUAAUGCCUAUGUCUUAGUCAGGUACUUUAGUAGGGAGAAGGAACUGGUUCAUUAAGGAGAGGUUAGCACUCUCAAAUUCGCUGAAGUUUGAAUAUUACAUUGUCGUUCGUGGUA